AGAUCAUCUAUAGCUGGGUAUUUAAUGAAUUCCCAUCUUUUGUGGCAGAAGACAGCAGACGCUUCAUCUCUCAGGAGACAGGCAAUCUCUACAUCUCCAAGGUGCAAACAUCUGAUGUCGGCAGCUAUAUAUGCCUGGUAAAAAACACAGUGACAAAUGCCAGAGUUUUGAGCCCUCCUACACCUCUGACACUGAGAAAUGAUGGUGUGAUGGGGGAAUAUGAACCAAAAAUUGAAGUCCAUUUUCCUUACACAGUUACAGCUGCAAGAGGAACCACUGUUAAGAUGGAGUGUUUUGCACUCGGCAACCCUGUUCCAACAAUCUCAUGGAGGAAAGUUAAUGGUCAUAAUCCAAGUAAAGCCCGCCUGAGAAAAUCCCAAGCUGUGCUUGAAAUACCUAAUGUGCAGCUAGAGGAUGCAGGAAUGUACGAAUGUAAGGCUGAAAACUCUCGUGGAAGAAAUGUCUUCAGGGGACAACUACAAGUGUACACCUACCCGUAUUGGGUGGAGAAACUUAAUGAUACUCAACUAGACAGUGGAGAUCAGCUCCGAUGGGAGUGUAAAGCCACCGGAAAGCCAAGGCCCACGUAUCGUUGGUUGAAAAAUGGAGUUCCUCUCUGGCCACAGAGCAGAAUUGAGAUGGUUAAUGGAGUUCUGAUGAUCCACGGUGUGAAUCUCUCAGAUGCUGGAAUGUAUCAGUGCUUAGCAGAAAAUAAGUACAGCACCAUUUAUGCCAGUGCUGAGCUGAAGAUUUUAGCUUCAGCUCCCACUUUCCCACUAAAUCAAAUGAGGAAAACAAUAAUUAUUACCAAAGGCCAAGAAGUUGUCAUUGAGUGCAAGCCACAAGCCUCUCCAAAGCCAACUAUCACUUGGAAGAAAGGAGACAAACUGCUAAGGGAGA